AUGGCGGCGUCGUUCCCUUCCGCAAUGCGGAUCUCCAGCAAGAAAAGAAUCUGGUGCAAAUUCUGGAAAGGUCGGCAGCUUCUGAGAAUCCCGGCCCUCGUCCUUGUGAGCGUUUUAGUUUCACUUGACCUUUGGAAAAGAGACUCUGACCCGGGGAUACCGGAGCAAAUGGCAGCUGACCUGCCCGCCUGCUCUGCAAUUAUCACGGGAGACCUGGCAGGCCGUGAAUGUGACUUGGAAGUCCUUCUGUCAUCCAGGACGAGACAAGUUGUGCUCUCGGAGGACUUCUACCUUAACGCAACCCAGGACUGCGGAUCUUAUCGUACACACAGAGGCUUCUUUACACUCCCUCUGAGUGAAGAAGAGAAGGAUUUCCCCAUCGCGUACUCCAUGGUGAUCCACGACCAGAUUGAAAUGUUUGAGCGUCUCCUGCGCGCCAUUUACGCCCCUCAGAACAUCUACUGCGUGCACGUGGACCGAAAAUCCACAGUGGAAUUCCGUAAGGCCGUGGACGCCAUUGCUUCCUGCUUUGAGAAUGUAUUCAUAGCCGGGAAAUUAGAGAGGGUGGUUUACGCCUCGUGGUCUCGAGUGCAGGCCGAUUUGAACUGCAUGGUGAGUUUGUUGGGGUCCCGCGUCCGGUGGAGGUACCUGCUGAACACGUGCGGGACGGAUUUUCCGAUUAAGACCAACAGAGAGAUGGUGCGAGCUCUGAAGGUUCUAAAUGGCAGGAACAGCAUGGAAACAGAAGCCACCAAUGACUACAAGAAGCAACGUUGGCAGUAUCACUACAACGUCACAGACUCCAUCGUCAGGACCGACGUGAAGAAAAGCCCCCCUCCCAUCAAAAGCCCCAUGUUCACCGGGAACGCCUACUUUGUGGCCAGCAGGGCCUUUGUGGAACACGUGACCCAGGACCGGGAGGUUCGGGCCUUGCUGGAGUGGGAAAAGGACACCUACAGCCCAGACGAACACUUGUGGGCCACUUUGCAGCGGAUGCCGUCUGUGCCCGGAUCGGCCCCCGCGAACCCCAAGUACGACACGUCAGACAUGCAAGCUAUCGCCCGGGCGGUCAAGUGGAGCUAUUUGUCAGGUGAUGUGAGGAAGGGGGCGCCGUACGAGCCGUGCGCAGGGGUGGAUCGACGGGCUGUUUGCGUGUAUGGAGCCGGAGACCUGACCUGGCUCCUGAGGCAACAUCACCUCCUGGCUAAUAAGUUUGAUCCAAUGGUGGACGACAUUGCAAUUAGAUGCCUGGAGUCGAUUCUGUAUUUUAAAGCUCUAGAUAGCGGUUAAUACGGGGGGUGUUACCCCAAAAUUCAACAUCUCAGCUGUCCCCUGAGAUGCGAGUCUGAUUUUUUUCCAUGGCCAUCCUCAUGUCCAAAAUGCUCUUUUGAUUUAUGGACCUGGUGUGAGGUAGAUGCUAUUCACUAUCCUGUCUAAUAACUUUAUUUUUACAGCACUUUUAAAAAAUCUGCUCACAAAGUGCUGUGGUGUUUAGCAUCAAAUACUAGUAUUCAGCUCAGCACACUUUUUAUUUUUCUACAGCCAAGUCCAUGUGGUUGUUUCAAUUAGACAACAUGCAGUUCUCUUUGUUUGAUGUUUAGUUUGACAGUAAACUCCGAGUGGUAAAAAAAAAAAUAAAAUACGGCUUGAAAGUUCUUUUUGAAAGAACUUUUCCUUAUCUGCCAAACUAUUGUUUGUACUUAAGUGAAUUAAGUUCACUGCCACCAUACAGGACUCACGCCUCAAAUUUGGACUCACAAGGCAAAAAGUGUGGUAUGGGGGCACAUCCAACAUUAAUUGGACACUCUAAAUUGCCCCUAGGUGUGAUGGUGAGUGGGGCUGGUUGUCUCUGUGUGCCCUGCGAUUGGCUGGCAACCAGUUCAAGGUGGACCCCGCCUCCUGCCUAUUGACAGCUGGGAUAGGGUGGAGCACUCCCGCAACCCUUGCGAGGAUAAGCGGCUAAGAAAAUGGAUGGAAGUCUGGAAUAAUAUCUGUACUGAUAAAAGACGAUGAAACAACUUCAGAGGCCUUAACAUGACACCAAUUCAGAUUCAAUGUUCACUCCUGGCCAGAAAAAUAAAACCCUUUACCUGAAUACCAAUCAAAAUGUAACUUUUUUU